GCGUUCAAACAGUCCAGUUCCAGUUCCAGCCAGACUCGGAGCACACCAAUGUCUCGUCUCAUCCCCCGGCGGCUCCACCGCGCCGUCUCCGCCGGCGGCGCGACCUUCUCCUCCUCGAGCCCCUCGAGCCUCCGCAGCACCGAACCCACCACCGCCGCCACCUCAAAUGCAAUCGUCAGCCUCGUCGCGGCAGGCGGCGACGGCGGCAGCCUGGAGGCCGACCUGGACCGCCUCGGCCCGCCCCUCUCCGACGCCGCUGUGUCGGCGGCGCUCCGCGCGCUCACGGAGCGCGGCGUCCCCGCGUGCCGCUUCUUCGCCUGGCUCUCCCGGCACAGGGGCGUCCCCCCGAGCGCCCGCGCCCACAACCUGCUCGUCCAGAACGCCGGCAGGCUGGCCGACUACCCCGCCAUGGCCCGCGCCCUCGACCUAGUGUCGGCGCGGCGGUUCCCCCUUACCGAGCAGGCGUUCGCGUUCCUGGAGGCCGCGGCGAGGUCGUCCUCAUCUGCGAGCAGCGUGGAUGACGCGGUGAGGGCGACUCUGACGAUUUUGGAUGGUGCCGGUGGCCCGUGCCGCGCGUCCGGCGUGUUCUCGCUGGUCAAGGCGUUGUCCUCGAUCGGCGAGCUCGACGCGGUUGUGUGGGUGAUCGAGGAGACGGCGAGGAGGGCGAGCUACUACAAUGUCCUCUUGGCCGCCAAGUGCAAGGCUGGUGACUUCCGGGGCGCCCGUGAGGUGUUCGACGAAAUGAGGAAGGGGAGCUGCGGCCCAAAUGCCAACUCCUGGAACUACCUCCUGGGGUGCCUGCUGAAGAAUGGCAGGGCCACCGAAGCGUGCGACCUUGUUGAGACCAUGGAGAGGUCGGACCACGACGACAUCCCGAACUCACUGACGUACGAGAUCCUCACAUACCACGCCUGUAAGGCGGGGAAGAUGGAUUCGGCAAGGCAGAUUCUCGAUCAGUUGUUCUCAGAAAAUCUGACGCCGAGGAUUACAAUCCACACAGCCUUCAUCAAAGGGUACUUCUAUACUGGGAGAAUCGAAGAUGCUUGCGAUUAUGUGAGGGCUAUGAGCACCAGGGAUUCACACUCCACGAACAGGAACUACAGCCUGCUCGCCAAGCUGUUGCACAGGUCGGGGAGGAUCGUCGAGGCAGGAAGUGUCCUGUAUGAGUUGAUGGAGAAGGGCCUCAGGCCUGACCAUUCUGCUUAUGUUACAGUGUCCAAAGGUUUGCACAAGAUGGGAAGGGGAGAUCUGUCUGCUGAAUUGAAGUCCUUGUUUCAGAAAUUCAUUGUACAGUCAGAUGAAUGAGAUUGCCAACUUCAUCUGGCAUUCCUCCAGACAAGUUGUUGUCUGACAAGUCCAACUCUUCAGAAAGCGUAGAGAGUUUGAAGAUUUCUCUUGGUAUAUGCCCAUCUAGUGAGUUGUGAGCAAG